UAGGAAAAAAAUAUUUGCCCUUCAAAGGAUAAUCGAGUCUCCUUUUAUUUUCUUACUUACAAAAAUCUUCUUCUACGCAUCAAGACGCAGUGAGAGAGAAGAGAGAGAAGAGAGAGAAAGUCCGAUUGUUUCUCCUGUAAACUGCAAAGUGCAAACCGACCUUGUGUCUGAAAAUGGCUUUGUGCAGCAGCCAAUUAUCAAGCUUUCUACUGAUUUUGUUGAUUCUCAAUUCGACCCAUUUCAGUCCAAUGGCUAAUGGUAGACCAGAGCCAAACUCGUAUGAAACCACUAAUGUAGGUGAUCAAGACCAGAAGAUGAUGAUGAGAGGUUUAAUAGGAUCAAGUCCACCAAGAUGCGAGAGAGUGAGAUGUCGUGCGUGUGGACACUGUGAAGCAAUACAAGUUCCUACUAAUCCUCAAACAAAGCUUCAUCAAUCUCCUUCUUCCUCUGAGAUUAUCAAUCUUGAUUACACCAGAGGAGACGACAGUACUAAUUACAAACCAAUGAGCUGGAAAUGCAAAUGUGGUAACUCUAUCUAUAACCCUUAAAGAAAUUCCUUACUUUUGAUCGAUACAUUUUAUUUCUUUCCUUUUGGGUUCAGAUUCUAAAGUAUCUGUGUACAUAUAUGUAUAUACGUUUUAGUUGUAAUCUUCUGAGUUUCUAAAAAUUCUGCGUUAUUUUGA